CCUAUUUGUAUACUGCGCCUUUUUAUGCAGCCAAUUCAAUGGAGCUGACUUUGUGAUUUUUGUGGCGCUGUAAGUUUCUUAAAAUAAAAUAAUCCAAAAAAGCAAAACAUAGCGCCACAGAUGUUGAUGAUAUAGAUCUUAUUUGAAAAAAAAAAACAUUGCUCUAGGUUAAAAAUCCAGGGAGUAAACUAGGGUGACCAGAUCUGAUUUCCGGUUUUUCGGGAAAACUGCAUUACAAAUACGGGAUUCGAGGUUAAAAUACGGGACAGGCCCUUUUUACCUAAAAGUAGUAAAUUUCUAUUAAAAGUAGUAGUGUGUUAACUGUUAAAUUUAUCAACAUUAAUGAAUUUGCUUAAAAAUGUGUUUUUGACAAAUAUACCUCUGAAGGCAAAGUUCUCUAGUUUCACGGUACCAUAGUUAAAAAAACCGCCUAAGUGUGAGUCGGACUCGCACAGGAAGGAUUCCGUACCAUUAUCUAUAAAAACGGUCAACCAUCCAAGUACUGACCCCGCCCGACGUUGCUUAACUUCGGUGAUUGGAUGAGAACCUCGAGAUUGGAAAGAAAUAUAUAUUUUAUUCUGUUUUUAGUAUUUGUUGUUAUAGCGGCAACAGAAAUACAUAAUCUGUAGAAAUUUCAACUGGCUAACUAUCACAGUUUAUGGAUACAGCCUGGUGACAGACGGACGGACGAACGGAUGGACGGACAGCGGAGUCUCAGUAAUAGGGCCCAAACCCAAAAAAUACAGCGAAUUUAAGUUGUAAACUAAAUCCCAUCAAAAACAAUACUUGUCAAAAAAACCAAGUCUCGCAACUCAGUUGUUCUGCGGUAAAAAGUUGUGAGAUCCAUGUAAUACCAAGUCGGUUAUUAAUUUAUUCAGUCUCUACUUAAGCGACUUUCUGUCUUAAUACGUUCAGUCUCUAAGACCACGAUCGUGGUCCAUAACAAUUGAAAAUCAAUUGUGUCUGGAAUCUCCGUACUCGAAGCAUUAAGUUGUUACGUAAUAAUUAACAGCAUCUUAUAGUGACGCAUAUCAAUAUUAAAAUUCUUUAAUGUUUUAUAUAAAUAUAUUGAGACUUGGCCAACCAAAACUUACUGUGCUUACUGUGGGACUAGGUCAAUUUGUGUAGUUUUGGCCUAUAAUAUUUAUUUAUUAAUGCUUAAAAUUCCAAACAAACUUUUUAAACUGCCAUAAAUCUACAUAGGAUACCAAGUUCAUUCACUUGUGUUUUUCCAUUUUUCUACUUAAAUAAAAUAAUUGAUAUAAUGUAAAACAAUGGGAUACAUCACUAAUCGAAAACAGUAAUGAUGUAAACAAACUAGAAUUCUACGCUUAGAAUGUUAGAAUUAGAACCCAAAUGUUCAGUUGCUAUAUUGAUUCCAUAGAGGUGUGCGAGUGAAGGGAUGUUGACAAAAACUACGUAACCACACUGAAUAAGAGUUUGCAGGUAAGCGAAAUAAUUACAUAGUUUAAAAAAAAAGUAUAACUUAUUAGAGUAAGUACCACAAAAUGUUUACAUGCAGUUUUAAAGUUAGAAUCGGACCUUUAUUUUUUUUUAAUUUUUAUAGUAUGUAUGAUGUAGAUAUAUGUAUGAUAUAUUUAGAAAUAGGUAUGACAGAUUUGCCUGGAUUUUUUUAAGUGGGUACAUACCUAUUAGUUUUUAGUAGAAAUAAUACUUAAUUUUACACAUAUGUUGCCUUUUGGUGCUUGCGAAAAGCACAAAAAGUUGUGUCAAGGUUGUAUCAUAAACAUGUCAAGUCAAGUUGGAUUUUAAACUUAGAAUCAACUUCUAGUUGUAGAAUAAGGCUGCAGGUGCAGGUAACAGCGCACGGCGGCCGGCGCGCGCCGCCGCCCCGCCGCCGCCGGUGCAUCGCCCGCCACAGCCGACACUUCCCAUCAUUACAUCGAUCCCGUUCAAUCCCUAACCGCAUAGGUUAACUCGCCGAGUUCAAAGUGUUAUGCUCUAUAAAUAGAACGGCGGCUUCUCGUACAAACAUAGGUGAUUAAACAAUGAGUAAUGACGAGCCGAAGGCCGCGCCGGAUCGAUAGCGCCGGACACGCGACCGGCCACGCUUCGACACUCACCAGGCGACGACCUUCAUUACAAUGUACACGUUAAUUGCCAUGUUUUCGUUAAGACUAUUAUACGAGUAUCAGUAAUGGGUGCAUUAAUCGAGCGGCCCGUCGUCAGUCGUCCGCGGCGCGACAGCCGCGUCGCACGCCGUCAUCAAUCACACGAGGCGAUUGACAGGCGCGGAGUAUCGGUCGCGAGCGGUGCAUCGAUCGUGAUUAGAGCUUACGUGGCCGUCGGCGGGAUGAGCACGGAGCUGGGCGCGCCGGCCCUGGUGCAGGCUCUGCGAGCGCACGCCGGAGAAGUGUCGUGCUGCGCGGCGCACGGCGCACAGCUGGCGACAGGCGGCGGCUCGGCCCUGCGGCUGUGGCGGUGGCGCGCGGGCAUCGGGUGGGCGCUGGCGGGCGAGGCGCGCGCCGCUCACCGCUUCGGCGUGACCUGCGCGCGCUGGGCGCCGAGCGGCGCGCUGCUGGCGUCGUGCGGCGUGGACGGCGCGCUGCGCGUGUGGUGCGGGCGGCGGCUGGCGGCGCGGCGGCUGAUGGCGGCGGGCGGCGCGGCGGCGGCGCGCGCGCUGUGCUGGGCGGGCGGGCGGCUGCUGGCGGGCCACGACGACGGCAGCGUGCGCGUGUGGGCGGUGGGGCCGGCGCGGCUGCUGGCGCGCCUGCAGCCGCUGGAGGGGGCGGUGCACGCGCUGUGCGCGCCGGCGCGCCACGCGCUGCUGCUGGUCGCCUGCACCGAGGGCGUGCUCAGGGUCUUCGACCUCGAUGAAGUUUGCCGCGGUGGUACCGAGCAGGGCGCGGGCCCCGCGCCGCUACUGGCCGAGUGCGGCGCGCACGACCUGGGCGCGCUCAGCGCGGCUCACAGCGAGGACGGCGCCAUCGCCGCCACCGGCGGCCACGACGCUGGCGUGCGGCUCUGGUGGGUGCAGGGCCGGGGUCGCUCUCGGCUCGUAGUGGCCGGCGCGCGCCUGGAGGGACACAGCGCGGCGGUGACGGCGCUAGCGUUCGCGCGAGGUAUCCUCGCGUCCACCUCGCUAGACCGCACGGCGCGGUUGUGGGCGCCCGCUGCGCCAGCCUGCCUGCACGUGCUGCACGCGCACCCACGCUACCUCACCUGCCUCGCGCUCGCGCACGACCUCUCCUACCUCGUUACCGGUUCGAACGACAAGUCGAUUCGCAUGUGGGGGCUGCGCGGGCUGUCGCUGCAGGAAGAGCUGGUGCCGCCGUGCGACGGGCUCGCGCACUUCGCGCUAGGCGACUUGCAGGGCAUCAGUCCAUUGGACGACGAUGAACUAGUGGAGCUGGACGGAGUGCAGGAGGAGGAGGGGGAGGAGGGCGAGCGCGCGGGGGGCGCGCUGCUGGCGUGGCGCGGACGCGUGCACUCCGGUGCUGUUAACUGCUUCGUCGCGCAAGGAGACCUGCUCGCCACUGCUUCUAGUGAUGGAUUGGUGAAGGUGUUGCGCUGCGCGGGCGGCGCGCUGGAAGAGAUGCACGUGUUGGACGCGCAUCAGUACCCGGCGCAGUGCGCGGCGUGGGGCCCCGGAGUGUUGCUCAGCGGUGGACUGGAUGGACAGGCCGUGCUCUGGGACAUACAGGCAGGUUGCCGGCUGCGCACACUGUCGCUCGGCGCGAGCGUGGGCGGCGGUGACGCGGGCGGCGGCGGCGUGCGAGGAGCGGCCGUGUCGCCGCACCGCCCACCGCUGCUGCUGUUGGCCACGGAUGACGGCCUCGCGCCCGUGUGGAGCCUAGACGACGACCCGAAGCCCAUGCAUGUGUACCUGGUGGGUGAGGCGGCAGGCGCGGCGUGGUGCGUGAGCUGGGCGCCCGACGGGGCGGCGGCGGCGCUCGGUGGAGCCGGCGGCGAGCUGCGCGUGCUGGCGCCGCCGCCGCCGUACAACCAGCCGCGGCAGCUUGCGCUAGUGCCCGACGCGCAUGACCUAGGUGUAACGAGUUGCGAGUUUGCGCCGUCUGCGUCGGCGGCGGGGCUUGACGCGGAGGUGGUGGGCGUGCUGCGUAUGGUACUGGCCACCGCAGGAGGGGACUCGCUUAUUAAACUCUGGAUCGUCGACCUCGACAUGGAUACGGAAGGAGGUUUAGCACGCCUCCAGCUCGCGCGCCUAGUGGGCGCGCACGGCAGCGCGGCGGCGCGCGUGUGCUGGAGCGGCGCGCUGCUCGCCAGCGCCGGCGCGGACGACUGGGCGCGCGUGUGGGCUCCGGACGGCGCGUGCCUGGCCGCCGUGCCCGCGGCGACUGCCGGCGCCGUCGACACCGUGCUGUCAGCGGCGUUGGUCAGGGAGGACGAUGCGUUGUAUAUAGCGUUCGGCACGCUGCAGGGGCAAGUGGCGCUGUGGAGGCUGCCGGCGGGGCUGGAAAGUGCGGCGGAUGAGAGCGAAGAGGAAGCGCUCGACGCGCGCUGGUGGAGCGCUGCCGGCGUGCGUCACUGGCUCCAGGAGCACGUCACUAGAGUUCCUGGGCACCUGUGGGACAGUGAAGCGGAGACGGCGUUGCUGGUGGCAGCGCGCGGCGCAGAGCUCACCGGCGCGCGGCUCCUCGAUGACGCGCUGCCGGACUUGAUGCGCGCGCUCGACUACGAUUCAGCGGACUCCGACUUGGACGAGGAUGAAGACUUAGCGCUGGAGUCGGAGGCAGAAGACGAACCCCCACGCGCGAGGCUUCGUCGCGAGCUACGUUGGCUAAGGCGAGGGCUGCCUGAUCCAGCUGCGGAAGACUCGGCCCCGCACGCGCUGCUCUGCCCGCUGUCGCACCGCCUGCUGUGGUCGCCGGCGCGCGCGGCCGACGGCCUGACCUACGAGCGAGGCGCCGCGCACGAAUGGUUCCUGGCCGCGGAGGGAGCGGUAUCGGGCGUGUCGGGUCGGCGUCUCCGCAGCGCGCGGUUACUCCCGAACUACGGCGUCCGGCGCGCGCUGCGUCGGCAUCUGCGCACCGCGCGGGCCGAGCUCCUCCCCAACCCGGCGCCAGAUAACGUGGACACGGCAGACCUGCUGGGGCUUGGAGAGUGAUCCUUACCAAAUAUGUCCAGGCCUAAUAGUUACGCUUACGUAAUCUUUGAUCUCUCAAUGUCGGGCGGAUGUUCAUUGUCGCGCUUCAAAUGCAACUAUCCCGAAUUUCUCUUCUACUUCAUACCCGUUGUGAUGUGUUUCUGAUUAUUUGCCAAUCAAGGUACCUAAUAGUAGAGAUAAAUUAUAUUUAAACUGCGCUCCUGCCCAAUACAACUACAGCGUUAUCACAAUCGAAACGCGGUAAAAAUCUAAAUUGGAAGAAAUUGGCAAUUAAAUAAGUAGAAAAUUAAGUGACAGCUUGAAACUGAUAGCCAUUUAUCAGGUAGCUUACCUUGUUUAUUAAGAUAAAAAGGCUUUUGACACAAAUUGGUGGCCGAGCUCCACGCACACAUUUAAACAAAUCUUGUAUACAUAGCGCACAUAUAGAGGCGCAUAAAAGUAUAGAUUGGUGAGUGUAGUUGUAGUGCCUUGGGAGGACGCACCGUUUAAAAAUGGUUUAUCUCGAACCUGGGUAUUUCUAAUAACUAAUUCAUACUUGUAUUUCGAGCUUAUUUAUAGAAGUGAUGAUUGUUGUUCCUAAUAUUCAGAUAUUUAAAUGUGUUGUUGAAUGAUCUGAUCUAUAUACGUUGUACAACGUUGAAGUGCAAGUUUCAUAUCUUAAAUCUUUUUAAAUAUUUAUUAUUAAACUUCGUUGGAAA